AAAUAUUCGUAAGUUGUGUUGUGUUGCGAGAGUGUUGACUCCUUUUUUUAUUUUUUGUUGUCUGUGUAAGGCUUGAUAAAUUAAUUUUAUUUUUUGUAUACCUAUAUCUCUGUAAUCGUUGAUUGGAGUAAAGAAAAACAAAUAAACAAAAUGGGCUUGACUAGAAGAGCUACUCAUGCAGGCAGUUGGUACUCUGAUUCUGGAAAUCAAUUGAAUAAACAACUUGAAGGAUGGCUUAAUGCUGCUGAUUUGUCUCAUGGACCAGCAAGAGCAAUUAUUGCACCACAUGCUGGUUACAGUUAUUGUGGUGAAUGUGCAGGAUUUGCAUAUCGACAAAUCAGUCCAGUUGUAGUUCGUAGAAUAUUUAUUCUUGGACCAUCUCAUCAUGUAAGAUUAUCUGGAUGUGCUCUCUCAACAGCAACAACUUAUCGUACACCACUUUAUGAUUUAAAUAUUGAUCAAACAAUAUACCAGGAACUUGAAAAAACUGGACAAUUUGAUUGGAUGGAUAUGCGUACUGAUGAAAAUGAGCACAGUAUUGAAAUGCAUUUACCAUAUAUUGCCAAAGUUAUGGAAAAUUUCAAGGAUGAAUUUACAAUUAUUCCAAUUUUGGUUGGUUCUUUGACUCCAGAAAAAGAAGCAAUGUAUGGACAAUUAUUGGCACCAUAUCUCAUUGAUCCACAAAAUUUAUUUAUCAUUUCAUCUGAUUUUUGUCAUUGGGGCUCGAGAUUUCGUUACACUUAUUAUGAUCGUUCAUGUGGUGCAAUUCAUUCAUCAAUUGAAAAUCUUGACAAAAUGGGAAUGGAUAUUAUUGAAACUCUCAAUGCUUCGGAAUUUACUGAUUAUUUAAAAAAAUAUGGCAACACAAUUUGUGGACGUCAUCCAAUUGGAGUACUACUUCAGGCAGCACAGAGCUUCAAAAAAAAUUGCAAUGGACAACGUUUGAAUUUGAAAUUUCUCAAGUAUGCACAAAGCAGUCAAUGCUGCAAUAUGAAUGACAGUUCAGUAAGUUAUGCAAGUGCUUCAUUGGUACUUGAAUGACAAUUUAAUUAACAUUAAUGAAAAACAUUUAUAAUCAUCAUCUUAUUAUUAAAUAUUUUGCAUUUAUUUACACAGUGCAAUUACAUUAUUAUUAUUAUUAAUAAAAAAAAAUCUAAAAUAAAGUUCAUCAUAGAGCAAUGUAUCGACAUUAAUAUAACAAACUAAUGACUGCCUCGAAAUAUUGACUAAAAAAAAAGUUGACACACAUUUAAUAAUUUUUUUUUUCAUAUUAAUUUAACACAAUUAUUAUUAAAUGCAAUACAGACUUAUUAAUUAUUAUUAUUAGAAAGAAAAAUAAGGAUUAUUAUUCAUUAGUUAAAUUUCUUUGAAACGAUAAAAUUAAAAUGAAAAAGAUUGAUGUUAUUGGGGAAUGUUCAUGAAUAACGUAAGAUGCUUAAAUUUUUUUUUUAUUCAUACUUAAACAAGGGUUUGAAAAAUUUGAUAU